UGUACAUUAAGGUAACCAAUGUAUACAGCAAGAAUUUCGCAUUAACUGAAGAUGAAAAUAAAAACCAAAGUUAAAUCAUUAAAUCAUCCAAUUUCACUAAUGGAUUCAUCAUCACUUCGAGACACACUCGACACUGAUCCUAAAUUAACAUUCGAUGAUUUACCGAUGCCAUUUAAAAUGUUAGACAAAUUAUUAUGGAGUAUAUUUGAGGAAACAUGGAAUUUAAUUGAAACAAAAGAGAAAUAUAAAAGUGAGGAACUCAAUUUCCAACAGUCAUGUUUACAAAAACUGGAUAUGAAUGUGGACAUUGAGAAUAUUCACAUAUUUACAAUUGUCGGACAAUAUUUAUUUAAAAUAUUUGAAAAUCAAAUUAGUGUAUAUGGUCUAAAUGAUCUAAAAUUGAUUUCGGAAUGGAAGUAUUUGGAUGGGCUUAACAGUUGCAGCGUAAUACGUACAUUUAAAACAAUUCAAUACGAUAAAAAUGUUAUUUUGCAGCUUAUUAUAAAUGACUCAGGUCAAAUAAGUCUUGUGAUGUUUGUCGAAGGGUUAUUUAUUCCAAUAAAACAAAUUAACUUACCAUCCGAUGGUUUACUAUAUCAUGCACUCAAUGGGAAGAUUUCACCGUGCGGAAAAUAUUUUAUCACUUUAAAUGAAGAUUCAAUUAACUCAAAAGUUUGGUUAGAAGUUUACCGUUUACCAGUAGAUGUAUGGAUGAAAGAAAUUUUACCAAUCGUUCAAGAAUUUCAAAAUACAAGGACAUCCACAUCUAGCGUGGAAACUUCAACUCAGGAGAUAUCCGUUAAUCUGAUCGAGCGAAAAUCAUUUUAUGAAAAUCAAAUUCAGCUUAGUUCGCCUUUAUUAUUAGGAAGAAUUAAAUAUCCAGUAAUGCCAUCAAGUCCUGCAUGUAAAUCAGUAACAGCAGCACUCAAGCAAGCUAGUGAUAAGGCUAAUCUUUUAAGUUACUCAAAUCUUGGUACUCAUUUGUAUUCCGAUGCAAUUAAUGAAACAAAUCAGUUGGCCUUUAUCGAACAUCGAAAUUAUCCUUCCUGUUUAACAGCCCUUCCUAAACGACAGCUUGAUGAGAAGAAUUCACUAUCCGUCCAAGGAUUCACAGAAAGCCCUGAAUCUGCGAAACAGAUAUCUGAACCCACAACAGAAAGAAGUCAACCACAUUCACCAAGUUCAAUAAAACAUCAAACUAGAAAUACGAAAUCUUCUAAACGUAAACAGCAACACAAAGAACAAACAACAAAUGGACGUAUUAAUAAAAAAGCUGAAAAGAUUAGUGCUAAUGUUGAAAAUACCGAUGCAUUAUCAAAUAAGGACAAUGAUGAAAAGUCAAAAAGGAAGAAUAAAACUAAUAACAAAAUACAAGAGAUUGAAUUAGAUAUUGAAACAAACGUAAAAGAUUCGGUUACUGAUGGAACUGAACGAGUAGAUGAUUUCUUAAAAAAAUCUCAACGAAAUGAUGAAAUUAGAAGACAGUUAUUAAAAGAUUUAAAUGAAGCACAAUCUAAAUGCUAUCCAUAUUUUGAAUUCCUGCCAAUUAGUUUGACCUGUAAUAGUAAACAAUCAGAAAUUUCAACUUUGACCAAUUUGUCGUACUCUGGAUCGAUUUGUGUUUAUUGGUCUAAAUCAUGUUAUCUUUUCUUUUAUCCUUUAGAUAAGUUCUCUAAAACCGAAGAAGGUAUAAUAGAGGAAAUACGAUAUUUCGGUUCAGAAAUAACUUAUAUUUCAGUUGUUUGUUCUAGUAAUUCCUUUAAUACAAAUGAAACAUUCAAUGAUGAUAAAGAAAAUCUGUCAAAGAAGCCAAAUUUAAUUAAUUCGAGAAAUAAUUAUUUGGUGAUUGGUCUUCAAUCUAGAUUAGUUAUAAUUAGACAAUUACAAUCAGGGAGAUACUUACCCCUAUUCUAUACCGAAUUAGGAUCAUUGGUAGCUGCUGGUCUGUCGAUAAGUACCAAAUACAUCAAUCUACUUACUGCAUGUUAUCUAAAUGGGAAUAAACACUCAACCAAGGGUGAUUUGAUAUCACGCAGGAAAUCCACGUUUGAUAUUUAUAAUUUAGAUGGAAAUCAGUUGACGUGGAAAAAAAACAAUAUUGUGGGAAAGAAGAAUUUUCAUUGUCAAGCUAUUACCAUUUUAACCGUAGAUGAUAAUUUCCGUAUUGUUAUCUGUUUAGUCUCAUCAAAGGAUUUGCUCAUUUAUCCCUUGGAUCAUCAACAAAAUUGCCUACAUCACCAACAGUCGGUUAAACAACAUAUCGAGAUACAUCAAUCAAACCAGAUGGUUGACCCUGAUCUAGAUCAGUUUUGUCAAAGUUCUAUUCAAAUUAGUUUACCUAACCCAUAUGUAAUUAAUCUAAACACAGGGACCGUUAGUUUGUUCCCAGAAGUCAAUGAACAAUGGGUAGAAAAUGUUGAAUUCUACAAUCAAUUAUGUUUGGUUUCUCGUUCAGUAGAAUCAACUAUUCAGGAAGCUGAAAAUGACACUCAUGUGAAUCACGAAGACAGAAAAGAAGAAAAAUUAAAUAGAAGACAACGCAUUUAUCAACUUUGGAUACGAGGAACUAAAAUUGAGCAAGAGAACGAGGAUAGGAUCCAAUCUAAACUAUUUCGUGUUAACUUAGGGAGGCUGAAUAAAACUGAGUUUAUUGAUUAUAACAAUAAUCAGAAUAGCUGUUUUAUGUUCACCUUUUAUUUCACUGUAUAACUUUAUUUAUUCCUGUGAAAAAUAUCCAUAUUAAUUUAGCCGCAUACUCAUCAUGUAUGCGUGCCAGUUUGUCAUUCUUCAAAAUUUUCUCAACUAAAUAAAUUCCUAUCAAAAUACCGAAUGGCAUUAAGUUUUUCUUUUUUAUUUAUUUUUUUUUGUUUUGUAAAUGUGAAAAGUGACUAGUGUUUUUUAGUCAAAGAGAUUAAUAAAAAGGAGAAAUGGGCACACCCCAUUGAAUUUCAUUGAUUCUUGUUUAUAAAAAUAGAGCACGUCAAAGAGUAGUCUUUGAUCUUGUCACAGAACAUUUUCCUUUGAUCAUUUUUUUUUGGAUUUAUUUUUAUGAUUAAAGAACAUUUCCGGACUGAAAAUAUUUAAAAAGAUCAUGUUUCUAGUGUAAUAGUAAUAACAGUAAUAAUAAUAAUUAUUAUUACUAUUAUUAUUAUUACUACUACUAGUAGUAGUAAAAAAUGAUUUUUGUAGUUUGACAAUUUUUAUAUAUUUUCGAUUUUUUCCGAAUUUGUUCUACUUUUCUCUUUUUUUUUAACAAAAUCUUCUGAAAAAAGGGGAAAAAAAGAUUUUAUAUGUAAACUAUAUUAAUGGUUGUCAAUGUUACACCUAUUUGAUAUAAUUUAUUUCUUGUAUUGUAUGAGAAAGAUAUUGAAAUUUACUAAAUCUACUGAAAUGUAAAUGGAAGAGUUUAUAUGUACUUAUUUAUUAAGAACAGUUUCAUGUAGUCCACUUUGAAUCAUAU